UACCUCCCUGAAUCCGUCGUGACGAUCGUGCUCGGCAUUCUCGCUGGCUCCAUCCUCACACUGAGUGGGCAGACACUGUCCAACCUGAUAACCUUCGAUCCCCAGACGUUCUUCAUCUACAUGCUCCCUCCCAUAAUCUUCGAAAGCGGCUACUCCCUGCACAAAGGCAACUUCUUCAUCAACUUCGGCAGCAUUCUUGUCUUUGCGGUGGCUGGGACUCUUAUCUCUACCUUGGUCGUUGGACUUGGGACGUAUGUGCUUGGGCAGAUGAAGGUCAGCUAUCCUCUCACGAUGCUUGACAGCUUGACCUUCGGAUCUUUAAUCUCUGCGACCGACCCGGUUGCUACUCUGGCAAUCUUCCAUGCAUUGGAUGUGAACCCAACACUUUACAUGCUCGUCUUCGGUGAGAGCGUCCUCAACGAUGCAGUUGCCGUCGUGCUCUUUCGGACAUUCCUCAGCUUCUAUGAGAGGGAGCAUGACAGCUGGACGUCUGCAAUCCUUCAGUUUGUCUUCGUCUCGCUAUUUUCGGGGGUGGUUGGAGUGAUCGUUGCUCUUUUCAGCGCUCUAGUCUUUAAGCUCACUCGGCUCUAUCAGCAUCCUUCUCUGGAAGCAGCUCUCAUGUUCGUCUUCGCUUACCUCCCCUACUUGCUUGCGGAAGCUCUUAACCUCUCAGGAAUCAUGGCCAUUCUGUUUGCUGGCAUUGUCAUGUCACAUUACACUCACUACAAUCUCUCUCCUACAACACAAAUGACUGCUCAGCAAACGUUCAGAACAGCUGCGCUAAUGGCGGAGACGGCGAUCUUCGCGUACAUGGGACUCUCAUUGCCAACCUUGCAGCAUCGCUUCCACGUUGGGUUUAUCAUAAGUGCAAUGGUGUUGAUUCUCCUGGGACGUGCUCUGAACAUCUUCCCUCUCUCUUUCUUGAUCAACAGGAAGUCGCAGAACUCUGGGAUGAAGAUUUCCAGCAAGGAGCAGUUCAUAAUGUGGUUUUCAGGACUCCGAGGAGCCAUCGCCUUCUCCUUGGUCCUCAACAUGCAGUCUCACUCGCUGACUGCAGUCUCUCCAGAAACCAAAGCAGUGCUUGUCACAACCACAUUGAUC